AUGAAUGCAUCAUUCACUCCAUUUUUAGGGUUAAGAAGGGAGAGCAAAUUUGCCCCUGUGACAAGUGAUGCGGUGAAUGCCAGCUGUCGCAGCAGGUCUUGUUCUUCGCCUCGCCGUUCCCCGAUUUCAAGGCUUUCUAAUUCUACGAAUGGGAGUGGAGCUCAGUCAACAGAAAGAUCACGAAGUAAUAAUUCGAAUCGAUCGGGUGCGUCACAUAAACCAAUUGAAAAAAAUAUGGUUGAACAAAAGCCUCGGGAUGUCAAUUCGCAUUCAAGAAAUAAAAAUUCUCCAAGUAAUUUUUCAUCUAAGUCAGCUGAACCAAGAAAGGAAUUAAAACCUGCUAGAAAUGGUCCACGUCACACAAGUGAUAAUACUGUUGCACCGUCGAAUCCAGAUUCACCAAAUGGCUAUGGAAAACCUCUAGUAACGCCAAUGAAUAAAAGGCUUUUAAUAAAUCGGAACGGCCGUCCCGUUUCUUCGCCAGCCCCAAGCAAGAUACCUCUACCGCAGUUUAGUCGCAGUCGAUCGCCUUUACUCUCUUGGAAAGCGGAGAACAGACCAUCCUCAACCAGUUCGACACCAAAACGCGAUCUCAGCAAAGUUAGCAUUUUAUCCAAUAAGACGUGUAGAGAUAAGCGACCCAAUACAAGAGAGACAAGAAAUCCUCCACUCAUGGCGUUUAAUACUGCUGUCAAAGUAAGACCACGGCCACCAUCCCCUGAGCUAAAGAGUGGUUUGGUGGCAGCAAAGUCAGCUCCCGCGAAUAAGAAGCCGCAACACUUAACAGGAACAAAAAGUACAAAAGCCUCAAGAAAUAAACAAAAAACUCAAGAUGAUGUCAAAUCGAAUGCCUCUUCGCACAAAUAUUUAAAUAAUCAAAACAAUGAAAUGUUCGGACACAUCAAAAUGCCUACGAUUAUAAAAGCCAAUAGUGAGGGUACCAAUCAUAACGAAAUAUCCGCACAUAUUAAGACCCCUUUUGUUGUGAAACCAAGUUUUGUAAAUUAUGGCAGUAAAAGUUUUAAGCCGCAAUUAGAAGAUAUAAAGAGUUCACAUUUCGUACUCAAUAUGAAGAAACAGGAACACUCUGUAAAACGGAAUUGUCACUCACCUAAUCCUGCAAUACAAAAGCCACAACCACUAAUUGAGGAACAAAGAAGAAUAGCUCUCCUUCAGGCUAAAAAUAAAUUCAAGACAAAAAAGUUUUGGGAUGAUGCAAGAUAUGAGAAAAUAGAAGGACUCAACUGGGUAUCUUGGAAAUGA